CUCGCUGCAGCCAGGAGAAGCCGGCAGCCCGGGCGCCCCAGGCCCCGCCCGCCCAAGGCCCUUCCCGGGAGGCCGGGAGACCUGCUCCUCCUGGCCCUCCGUGGGUGAGUGCUGGCGGCCGGCGGCGGGUGGGGCCUCCGCGGGCGGAGGCACCGGGAGCGGGGGCGACGCCUGUCAACGCUUCAGGCCUAGCAGGAGGACUCGCCAACAUCCCUGCUCCUGUGCUCGGCCCCGGGCGUGCCGGUGGCUGCUCCCACUUCUGGGCCUGUGCUGGGGGCCGCCCUGGUGCUCUGCUAUCUUGGCACUGCAGACCCGGCACGCAGAGUAGCGGACUAGGCUCUCUCUUCGAGGGCAGACUCGUUAGGCGGAAGCUGGCUGGUUGACUUACAGCGGCCACGGCCAUGCCCACCUGGCUCUGGGGGCUGCUGCUGACCGCGGGCACGCUCUCCGCUGCACUGAGCCCAGGGCUGCCGGCCUCUGCCGACCCCUGCUAUGAUGAGGCGAGGGAGCCUCGCUCUUGUAUUCCUGGCCUUGUGAACGCUGCUCUGGGCCGAGAGGUGCUGGCGUCCAGCACGUGCGGGAGGUCGGCCAAUCGCGUCUGCGAUUCCUCGGACCCGCAGCGGGCACACUCUGCAGACCUCCUGACCUCUGCUCCGGGCACUGCAAGUCCUCUCUGUUGGCGCUCCGAUUUGCUGCAACAGGCACCUUUCAACGUAACCCUCACAGUGCCCCUGGGGAAGGCUUUUGAGCUGGUCUUCGUGAGCCUGCGCUUCUGCUCAGCUCCUCCAACCUCCGUGGCCCUGCUUAAGUCGCAGGACCAUGGCCGCAGCUGGGUCCCCUUGGGCUUCUUCUCUUCCAGCUGUACCCUGGACUAUGGCCGUCUGCCUGCUCCUGCUGAUGGCCCUUCUGGUCCAGGGCCAGAAGCCCUCUGCUUUCCAGCCCCCCAGGCUCAGCCUGAUGGUGGAGGCCUUCUGGCCUUCAGUGUGCAGGAUGGCAGCCCACAGGGCCUGGAUCUGGACAACAGCCCCGUGCUCCAAGACUGGGUGACUGCCACAGAUAUUCGCAUAGUACUCACAAGGCCUGCCAUUCAGGGAGACACCAGGGACGGUGGGGUGACAGUCCCCUACUCCUACUCAGCCACUGAGCUUCAGGUGGGAGGUCGAUGCAAGUGCAAUGGGCAUGCCUCACGGUGUCUGUUGGACACCCAUGGCCACCUGGUCUGCGACUGCCAGCAUGGUACAGAGGGCCCUGAUUGCAGCCGCUGCAAGCCCUUCUACUGCGACAGGCCAUGGCAGCGGGCUACAGGGCAGGAAGCCCACGCUUGCCUUGCUUGCUCCUGCAACGGCCAUGCGCGAAGAUGCCGCUUCAACAUGGAGCUCUACCGACUGUCCGGCCGCCGCAGUGGGGGCGUGUGCCUCAACUGCCGGCACAAUACAGCUGGUCGUCACUGCCACUACUGCCGGGAGGGCUUCUAUCGUGAUCCAGGCCGUGUCCUGAGUGACCGUCGUGCUUGCAGAGCUUGUGACUGCCACCCAGUUGGUGCUGCUGGCAAAACCUGUAACCAGACCACAGGCCAGUGUCCCUGUAAGGAUGGUGUUACUGGCCUCACCUGUAACCGCUGUGCCCCAGGUUUCCAGCAGAGCCGUUCUCCUGUGGCACCUUGCGUUAAGACUCCUGUCCCUGGACCCACCGAAGAAAGCAGUCCUGUGGAGCCACAGGACUGUGAGUCACAUUGCAGACCUGCGCGUGGCAGUUACCGAAUCAGCCUGAAGAAGUUCUGCCGGAAGGACUAUGCGGUGCAGGUGGCAGUGGGUGCACGCGGUGAGGCCCGCGGCUCGUGGACACGCUUUCCGGUAGCGGUGCUUGCUGUGUUCCGCAGCGGCGAGGAACGCGCUCGACGCGGGAGCAGCGCGCUGUGGGUACCAACUCUAGACGCGGCCUGCGGUUGCCCGCGCCUCCUGCCCGGCCGGCGUUACUUGCUGCUGGGAGGUGGGCCGGGGGCUGCAGCUGGGAGCACAGCGGGCCGGGGACAGGGGCUCAGUGCUGCCCGUGGAAGCCUCGUGCUGCCUUGGAGAGACGCCUGGACCCGGCGCCUGCGGAGGCUGCAGAGGAGAGAGCGGCGGGGGCGCUGCGGGACCGCCUGAAUCUGCAAGCUGGGCGUGGACUGGGCGGACUCAGCUCUCUUAUCACUGGGCGCGGCGCGUUCAUCAGAGCACUAGGCUGGAAGUGUCACGUGCAUCGCCAUCUAAUUUCCCCCUACCCCCAUCCCCGCUUGAAACCUAUUUGGCGAUACCCUACCCCCAACUUAGAGGAGUAUGAUGGCCCCUAAGAGCUAUCUGGAGGCUCCUAGGGCAGCUCAGAGGACCCUGAUCUUAUCCCUCUUGGCUGAUACCCGACGUCUCUUAAAGGUGUGAACCCGCCUAUUCCCAGGGGAUGCUAGGAUGAUCCCUCUGGGGUUUGAGCACAUCCCACGGGCCAAUGUGAUUCAUCAACUCUCUGAUGCUGUGAUACACUAGAGUUCUCCAACCUCUCCAAAACCACUGUUGCCACCAUAAUUGCCUGUACACCGCUGCAGGGGCUGUGGCUCAAUUGCACAGCCAAGACAGCGACGUCUCUGCCCUCCAGCCGGGAAUGUACAAAGAGUAUUGUAGGCUCCCCUGUCCAGUGUCAUGGAUCUUGUCCCCAUAUCCAUUCUGGCCUGCCUCUGCCGGUCACGUGACCGUGUCCCCAUCCGCAGCUGCAUCACUGCCUGUGUCCCAUAUCUUUCUUGUUCCGUUGUACCCUUUUCUGGGGUCCAUCCAGCUGUCGCUUUCUACCACGACUCCUACCAGUCUUGGCCUCUUGGCUCCAUGACACAGGUCCUGCCCCUAGCUAGGAGCCCUACACUCUAUCCGCUCAAGACUGGACGUCGAGAAGGGGCAGAUCAGGUCCACGUGUGACCGGACCAGAGGCGACUUCCACGGGCAGCCGUCGGAGUUCUAGUCGUCCGUGACUUUGCCUUACACCAGGCGCUAGGGUCCCCACCUCUUUAGGCGAGCCCCCGCCCCUUAGCGCGGGAACCGCUGUUUGGCUAGCGCAUGCUCCCGACUUGGCCGCCGCCGGGCGCAAAUGCGCAUGCUCAGAGCCGGCAGCACUGAGACGCGGGGCACUCGGGGUGGGCAGCCCGCAAGCGCGUGCUUGUGGGGCGGGGCCGCCUACGCGCGUGCGCAGAAAGUCCAGUGCGGUCCAGCGGAGAGCCGAAGGGAGAGGUGCGGUGCGGCGCGCCGAGGUGGGUGCGCGGCGGGGGCGUGGCGGCUGGACGCGGGGUGUGGGGGUGUCACUGCCACGGUGCGCUGACCGGCGGCACGGAUGUACUGAGGGAGGGGGGCACGGGUUGUGCUCCGUGUCUUGGUCGCUGCGGGUUAGGGGGCUCCAGAGUCUAAUGCUGCGUGCGUGACGUGGGCCCCGGAGUCAGAACCCUUUGGGCAGGCCCGGCUUUCCUCGAUCAUCCCUGCCUUCUCUGGGCUCUGUGUCGUGGGCAAGAACUGCCUCUGUGUCAACCUUCCCUUGGGGCACUUUCCGUCCCUGCGGAAUAGGAAAUCCUCUUUCUGUAUUCGUUCGAAAUUGCAGCAGUGUUCAUAUACCUUUGCCCUCGGAGACCUGCAACAACCCAGGCCCUUCACUUGCCAAAGAUGACACAACUGCCCACCUGAAGCUUAGGGACUUUCCCAGCCUGAGAGCCCUAUCCAGCCAGUGUCCCUGACAUGCCUUGGUCACCUGUGCCUUAGCUUGGCCCUGUGCUUCAGGAGUUUUGAAUAACAGCUGGAGGGCAGAGCUGGCACCACACGGGGUGGGCUGCACAUGACAGAAGUCAGUCUGCUGGGUGCUGGCAGCCUGACCACAGAUUUUCCUUGACAGACCUGACUCAGUUCAGAAAUAGUGCUCUGGCCUUCUUGGAUGGGGACUCACUGGGCUAACUUUAAAGGCCAAAGAUUGUCUAGCCCAGCCCGGACAUAUGCAGGCAUAGGUUGGCCAUUUGGGCGGUUGUGUUGCUGUCUUUCCAAGGUAAAUAAAGGAUUUUCCUUGUCUCACCAUGUUCUGCUGGAAGGUCAGCAAGCUACUCCCAGGCAGUUGGUACAACUGUCCCAUGGCAUGCGUUGCCAUGUCAUCUACUUGGGGACAAUGACUCCAUUCUCAUUUUCACACCCCUGUCCCCAAUAGGCACCUGUCAUUGUUCACUGAAUUGUUGUGGAGAUGGCUGUAUUUGUGUUCUCUCAAGCUCUAUCUGAUGUCAGUUCUGGGUUGGUGUCAAGACCAACCCAGACGACAAAUGGUUAAGAAAUUUCAAAUAUUUGAUAGUGACCAUUCAUAUUGAGUGCUAUGAGGGCUCUGUGUGCUUCCUUGAUGAUUAAUCCUCACCUAAUCUCCCCAGUACUCAGAUAAAGACUUAGGGUAGUGACAGCUGUAUUUAGAAUCUAGUCUGCGUGUGGAUAGGCCUGGAGCCACAUCGUGUUGUCCCUGUUCCCCCAUGGUCUGGCAUUCAGUUAGCCAGGCACUCUCUUAAGUGCUUGUUGGAGGGAAUAAAGAUGCCACUUUUUGAAUGCUACAUGUCAACUAGUGAACUAGCAAUGUAGUGGCUUUUGGCUGGAUUAAGGGUGACCUUUUGGGUUUGCAGAAGUACUCUAGUAAUCUAGGUAGGGUUUUCAUAACAACAAUCAAAUUUACCUCCCUGGGAGUGCAAACUCACCUGCCUGUGUUCCCUACUAGCUCUGAGUAACCACCCUUGCCAGGACUGUCUGGCAAGUCUCAGUGACCUUGGGCACACAGCAUUGCUCCUAAUCCUUAUUAGAGACUGAGCCAACCUCUGAAGACAUAGUAAAGUGUUUAAAGUACACAAGACAAUGAAGUGGGUUGUAAAAAAAAAAAAAAAAA